AUGAGCUUCGUUUUACUUCUUUUUCUCAAGGAUCAGAUAUAUAAAAGCAAUUCGAUUUCUUCGAAAAGUAAUUUCUGUAAUCAGGAACAACUUAGCUCUUCUAACUUAUCUCCUUUAAUCUGGAAUAUUAAAGAAAGCACAACAAUUCUGCACAUUAUCAGCAACAGUGCAAAUAACCGUAAAUUCAAUAUGCAAAACAAAUUUCUUUUAGCUAUUUUACUAGCUUCCCAAUCUAUGGCUACAGAUAUUGCUAGGCCUUUCCAAAAAAGAGAUGUUGUCAAUGAAUGUUCCCAAAAUUGUACUACCCAAUUUACCACUGAAUGUACCACUGAUUACCACAUUGAGACUUUCUUAAGCACAUGGACUGGUUGUAAGAAAGAUAAAGACGAGCCACAAUGUACGGUACAAGGUGGUACUACUAUUUGUCGUCCAUGUAGUACUCUCCCAAUGACCAGUUACGAAACUGUCCGAGCAACCGCUACGAGGUGUACAGCUAAUGCUAUUUCAGUAUCAUGUUCUGAUAUUUGCCCAUCAUCUUCUUCUGAAGUUCCACCACCACCAUCUUCCUCUGAGGUUCCACCACCACCUUCUUCUUCUGAAGUUCCACCACCACCAUCUUCUUCUGAGGUUCCACCACCACCAUCUUCUUCUGAGGUUCCACCACCACCAUCUUCCUCUGCGGUUCCACCACCAUCAUCUUCUUCUGAAGUUCCACCACCACCAUCUUCCUCUGAGGUUCCACCACCACCUUCUUCUUCUGAAGUUCCACCACCACCAUCGUCCUCUGAAGUUCCACCACCACCUUCUUCCUCUGAGGUUCCACCACCACCACCAUCUUCCUCAGUGAUCCCACCACCACCAUCUUCUUCUGAGGUUCCACCACCACCAUCUUCCUCAGUGAUCCCACCACCACCACCACCUUCCGUGACUCCUCCUGCUCCAAUCACUAAGACUACAGCUACCGUCAUCACCACGACAGAAACUACCACUGUAUGUGAACCAGACAAACCAUGUACACCAAUAGUCACCACACGUACAUUGACCAACAUUGAAACCUUAACAGUUACUGACACUGAAUGUACUACUAACCCACCAUACACAACUACUGUAGUUACUGAAUCUUCCACCAAGACAAAGAUCAUAUCUGAAUGUAUUACUACCGAAUGUAUCGAUGACCAUUGUGACCAUCAAACUACAUACGUCACCACUAUUACUUCAGUCGUCCCACCACCACCACAAGUUGAAACACAAGAGUGUGAAACUAUUACUUACAUUACCACUGAAGAUAACGAAAUCAAGACCAUCACCACUACAUCUACUAAAGAUGUUCAAACACAAGACUGCGUAACAACUACUUACUUAUCUACUGAAGGUGAUAAAGUUGUUACCAUUGUCACAACUGUCCCAACUAAACCAACCAAGGGAACUGAGGCGGCAUCUCCAGUUAAACCAACCAAGGGAACUGAAGCGGUAUCUCCAGCUAAACCAACAAAAGAUACCGAUACUACUGUCAUUGAACAAGAAAAACCACACUCGUCUUCUGUAACUAGUGCUAGUGAACCAUCUCAUACCGUUUCUGAAUACGAAGGAUCUGCUCAUAUUAAGAGUGUCCCAUUCUUAGUCACCUUAUUAGGUUUACUCCCAUUCAUGAUUUAG